GUGUUGGUAUAAUGGCCAAGAAUCAACCGGCCCGUCUGAACUCAGAGGACAAGCUUUCGCUUUCUCCCGAUUCGACACCGUUUAGGACCUCUCGUCCUGCUCACCGCAAGGGCAAGCUAUCGGAACGAAACAAGUUCGUUAGAUCAGUGGUCAGAGAAGUCGUUGGAUUCUCCCCUUACGAGAGGAGAGUACUUGAAUUGCUUCGCAAUGGCAAGGAUAAGAAGGCUAGGAAGCUGACAAAAAAGAGGCUUGGUACUCUGCUCCGUUCAAAGCGCAAGAUUGAGGAGUUGCAGACC